GUGCUUGGAAUUCAGAAAUUGGCGGCUGAGCUGGAUUUAAGCUGUAUAACUACAUAUAAGCUUGACGCACUGAAGUCUGUUUGUUGUGGAGCUGAAUCUGAUAAUUUGCCUAACACAUGCUGUAGCGAGGAUGUACAAAACAUGCAAAAAUCAGAUUUAUCAUCCGCUACUAUAGAUGUAUUUGAUGAAAAGUUACUAUCCCAAAAGAACAUAGAUGACUUGCAGGCGAAGGAUGGUCAGUACACUAGCAAAGCUGAACUACGGAAACAUAUAAGGAAACUAAAAAAUGGGCCAGGAAGGAAUCACACUGCAGGUGGGAGGGUCGAAAAGUCUCAAGGUUUUUCUCCCAAUAGCUUUGAUCGUGUGCUCCUUGAUGCUCCUUGCUCCGCAUUAGGUUUAAGACCUCGUCUCUUUGCUGGAGAGGAGACAAUUGAUUCGUUGAAGAAUCAUGCUAAGUAUCAGAGACGAAUGUUUGACCAGGCUGUUCUGCUUGUUCGCCCAGGUGGAGUUAUUGUCUAUUCCACAUGUACGAUAAACCCUGGUGAGAAUGAAGCGUUGGUUCGAUAUGCAUUGGACACCUAUGAGUUUCUCUCGUUGGCAUCACAGCAUCCAAAAAUUGGAGGACCCGGCCUCACUGGUAGUUGUCAAUUGCCUAAUGGGUUUGUUGAGGAAUGGUUAAAGCCUGGCGAGGAAAAUCUUGUUCAGAGAUUUGAUCCAUCAUCCGACCACGAUACAAUAGGAUUUUUCAUAGCCAAGUUCAGUGUUGGACACAAAAAUAUCUGAGUUGAAUGUGAUGCAAUAAAAUUACAUGAACUUGGAUGAUGUACGUUCAGCCUCCUGGUUCAUUGCAAUGUAAUAACUUAUUGGAUUGGUGCUCUUGGUGUUACCCUCAUUGUUAUCAAUCUCCAGCUUGAAUAUUGAUGCAGAAUCAGUUAAUGAAACUGUGAAUGCAAGAUAAAUUAGGCAUAUACUGGUAGUCCUGUAACAGAUAACUGACAAUCUUAUAUUUAGUUGGUUUUUGAACUCUA